AUAUGACGUUCGACUGAGUAGGAAUUUUCAUUGGCUGACUGCUCGGAGCUCCUCGACUGUCUAUCGGAUCGAAAAUUCGGAAAACCCAUCGGAAAAUCAGCCCAUUUCAGUGCAAUUUUCUGUUCCACCGUAAGCUCAACGACCACCGGGUGCCAUGUCCGACGUUCAGGAUCUGAUGUCGUCCCUACCGGACGACAAAAUCGACAUGAUUGCAGCGACCAGCGUUCUGCAGCAGCAGGCGGGCGACAUCCGCCAGAACAAGCCGAACUGGUCGUCCUACAAGCAGUCGCAGAUGAUCUCCCAGGAGGAUUAUGCCUGCGUCAGCAGCCUGGAUAAGGACAAGAAAUCGCAGGCCCAGUACCUGCAGGAGAAUCCGGGUCAAUGCGCCAAGACGUUCCUGAAUCUGCUGUCGCACGUCUCCAAGGAUCAGACGAUCCAGUACAUCUUGGUGAUGAUUGACGACCUGCUGCAGGAGGACCGAACCCGGGUGCAGCUGUUCCACGACUUUGCCAACAAGCGCAAGGAGAGCGUGUGGGCUCCGUUCCUGAAUCUGCUGAACCGCCAGGACGGGUUCAUCGUGAACAUGGCCUCGCGCGUCGUCGGCAAGUUGGCCUGCUGGGGCCAGGAGCUGAUGCCCAAGUCCGAUCUGCACUUCUAUCUGCAGUGGCUGAAGGAUCAGCUGACCGUUGCUGCUCAAAGACUUUUGAAAGAACUCGAAGAAGCGGAAAGGAAACGUGCAGAGGAAUCCGCGGCUGCCCAUCAUCACGGACACGGACAUCACGCUCAUCAGAGUGGUGCCAGCAGCAGCAAUGGCGGUGGUGCUGCUGGUGGGGAUGAUCAUCAUCAUCACCAUCACCAUUUUCUGCACUUCCACUUGCUGCACCACGAGCACCACAAACACAUAGAGGAAAAGUACCGGGAUAUCUCGAGUGCCAUAGAUGAACCUCGCGAGUCGGUGGAAGGCGAUGAACCGAACGUCUCCCUUACGAACAAUGAAUACAUUCAAUCGGUAGCCCGCUGCCUGCAGAUGAUGCUGCGCGUUGAUGAGUAUCGUUUUGCGUUUGUUACCGUAGACGGAAUUAGUACGUUGAUCAGCAUCUUGUCGUCCCGGGUGAACUUCCAGGUUCAAUACCAGCUGGUGUUCUGCCUGUGGGUUCUGACGUUCAACCCGUUGCUGGCUGAGAAAAUGAACAAGUUCAACGUGAUUCCCAUUCUGGCCGACAUCCUGAGCGACAGUGCCAAGGAGAAGGUCACCCGAAUCAUUUUGGCCGUGUUCCGCAACAUGAUCGAGAAGCCGGAAGAUGCGCAGGUCGCCAAGGAGCACUGCAUUGCCAUGGUGCAGUGCAAGGUCAUGAAGCAGCUGCAGAUCCUGGAGCAGCGUCGUUUCGAUGACGAGGACAUCAGUGCCGAUCUGGAGUUCCUCAUCGAGAAGCUGCAGAACUCGGUCCAUGAUCUGAGCUCGUUCGAUGAGUACGCCACGGAGAUCAAGAGCGCCCGCUUGGAGUGGUCCCCGGUGCACAAAUCGGCCAAGUUCUGGCGCGAGAAUGCUCAGCGCUUGAACGAGAAGAACUACGAACUGCUCCGCAUCCUGGUUCAUUUGCUGGAGACAUCCAAGGACCCCCUCGUUCUGUCCGUUGCUAGCUACGACAUUGGAGAAUACGUUCGUCACUACCCAAGAGGAAAGCACGUCAUUGAACAACUGGGUGGAAAACAGCUGGUCAUGCAGCUGCUGGGCCAUGACGACCCGAAUGUCCGCUACGAAGCCCUGCUUGCCGUCCAGAAGCUGAUGGUGCACAACUGGGAAUACCUCGGCAAGCAGCUGGAGAAGGAAAGCGAAAAGACUCCCCAAUCUGGGGCAGCCAUCAGUGGAAAGGCUUAGGAAGCUUCCUGUCGCCACUCUUUGUUAAAUCUGUUUGUGAGUUUAGUUUUCUUGUUGACAUUUUUAGAUAAAAUCCCACAUCAAUCGAAAUGGUUGGAACACCGUUCAGCUAAUGGCGUAUGGAAGCAUUACAUUCCCUUUAGUUUCAGCCUUUUUUUUUCUUCUGUUCGUCUAAUUCCAAAAUGUACGAUUGAUUCGAACCUGAAAAUCUUCCGUAUAUUUUGGGAAACCACACUUCGAUUGUAAAUAUUCAAACAGCUAACUGAUUAACACAAUUCAAAUUCAUUUGUUUGGUAUUCUCCUACAAUCAAGAAGAGUGUUAGGUUAAGAAAAAAAAUACAGCUGUAGCUGUUUAUAAGAACUAUGUAUUUCUAAGAAUGAUGUAUUAUUGAUCAAAAUGAUGUUUUAGUGAUAAGCUUUGGUCUGGUGGAGUGUGUAGUUUUAAAAAACAUCCGUAAUGGCUAACUGGUAUAGAAAACCAGCGAAAUAUAAACUACGCCCAACACUUACGCAUAUUCUAUAAAAUGAUCGUGAGCAACAAACUGUAUUAGCGUAAUAAAGUACCGUUCUACGAUAAA